AUGUUCACCAAGGGUAGGAUCCUCUGUUUUGCGCUCACAGCAGGCGCGACAACCCAGUCGUUCCUUGGGUUAGGAAUGCCUAGCCAUGAAACUCCAAAACAGAAGUCAUUUCCACAAUCUUAUAUUGCGGCUUACGACGACGGAUUGUUUACGCCUUUCGAGCAACUCGGCGCACUCUCAGAGGUACAGUUCACGACCCUCGGUCACCCUGUGUUCCCGCACUACAGCGUCCGGAUCAAGAAAUCUAGUAAUUUCUGUGAUGGAACUGUGAAGCGAGCUAGGCAUCUAUUCUUUUACUUCUUCGAGAGUAGGAACGAUCCUGAUAAAGACGACGUGAUCUUCUGGACCAAUGGCGGUCCUGGGUGUUCCUCCAACCUUGGCGUCUACAUGGAACUCGGACCUUGUCGCAUACUGGAUGAUAAUGGGACCGUGUUCCAUCCCGAGUCCUGGAACUCUAAUGCAAAUAUCUUCUUCGUGGACCAGCCAAUCGGCACUGGUUUCUCGUAUGCUGAAUAUGGUCAGACUGUAAGCACUACUGAGGAAGCGGCUAAGGACGUUGCUGCGUUCAUCGCGAUUUUCUUUGAAAAUUUCACACAAUUCAGAGGACGCGCAUUGCACAUGGCCUCAGAGUCUUAUGGAGGGCGUUAUAUCCCAGUCUUUGCUGCUGAAGUCUACGACCAGAAUGCCAUGCUAAUCGCGGCUGGUAUCACGCCGAUCAGCCUUCAGUCUAUCAUGAUUGGCAAUGGCUUGACCGACUUCUACACGAUGCUGGCGGCCUGUGUAGAUACGCAAUGCACCGGCGCAGCAGUUUUCCCUGUGCAGAGCAUCUCUGCCUGCAUUCGCAUGAAGCAAGCGCUCCCUCGUUGUCAAAAGUGGUUGACUGAAUCAUGCAUCAACCAGUUCGACACAAUGAAUUGCCAAGCAGCUUCAAUCUUUUGUGAGACUGAGAUAUUCAGCACUUUCUUCUCGACGGGUAAGAAUCCUUACGAUAUCAGCAAGGACUGCGAUGGACCUAUCGAGGAAACAAUGUGCUACCCUGUUACUAAGCAUAUAUCAAGCUUCCUCGAUCGACCCUCAGUGCGCGAAAAGCUCGGCGUGGAUCCAUCCGUCACAGGUAACUUCAGUUUCUGUAGUGCUACUGUUCGACAGGCUUUCGUCUCGACCGUGGAUGAGUAUCACGCCACCGACACUCACGUCGCCGCACUUCUGGAGCGCGGCGUACGCGCAUUGAUAUUCGUGGGCUCAUAUGACUGGUUCUGCAAUUGGAUUGGUGUCCAGGCGUGGACACUCAAUAUGGAGUGGAGUGGCAAGGAAGCAUUUGGCCAGCAGCCACUCAGAUCUUGGCAAGUCGAGGGACAGGUCGUUGGACAGACUAGGAGUGCGAAAGGGCUUACGUUUGCUACUGUGGAUGGUGCAGGCCAUAUGGUUCCAUAUGACAAAACUAAAGAAGCACUUGCUAUGGUGCAACGCUGGCUGGCUGGGAUUGGCUUGUAGGUCGAGGCUGGUAGUGUAUAAUUUCGAGAACAAAGUAUGCAACCGUUGUUGAUGAAGUAGCGUUCCAAAUGUCGAUUUUUAUGUUAACAACGGAGCUAUAUAAUGUAUAUGAC